AUGGAGAGACCUCAGCGCCAGGUACAGGGAGAGACAUCAGCGCCAGGACGCCCCACGGUUUCUGUGAUCCCUCCGGGGGUGAUCAGGGUGAAUGUGGGUGAAACCAUUAACGUGGAGUGUAUGGGGAUGGGAGAUCCGCGCCCUAUCGUCAGCUGGCGCCGUCCUGGGUCUAAGCAGGAUAUCCGGCAGCAGAAUCACGCUCCGCUAGACAGCCACGCCAUCCUGCAGAUUCCAUCAGUAAAGAUACAGGACUCCGGGUUCUACGUGUGCGUUGGCCACAACCCAGCUGGUUCCACCCAGGUCCAAGUGGAAGUGCAAGUAGAGAACAGGGUGGUGAAAGAGAGCGCUCCGAGAGUGACGGUAGAGAAGACUGACCACCUGGUGCUGGCUGGAGAGACCGCCACCCUCCGAUGCAGCGCUACCGGUAACCCAACGCCAACCAUCACGUGGACCAAGCUCCGAGCACCUCUACCGUGGCAGCACCAAGUGGUCAACAAUACCCUGGUCAUCCCGCGGGUGGCUCAGCAGGACUCGGGACACUACAUAUGUAAUGCCUCCAACGCGGAUGGGCACGCAGACAUCACCAUUGCACUGGACGUGGAGAAUCCCCCAUAUGCCACCAUCAUGCCGGACGAGGUCUCUGUCAGUGUCGGGGAACACAUUCGCUUACAGUGCUUGGCGCACGGAUCCCCUCCCCUCUUAUUCCAGUGGACCAAAGUCAACGGAUCGCUGCCGAAUGACGCCGUAGUCACCGGUGGCACCCUACAGAUCAAUCAGGCAACCACUGAUCACGCCGGCUCCUAUCGCUGCGUGGCCAGAAACAAAGUGGGCGAAAAUGAGGCAGUCGCCCAAAUCAGUGUGUUAGCUCCGUUUUCUGUUCGCGUUUCGCCCCAGAUAGACACGAAGGCAGUGAGUGGGACGGCACAAUUUACCUGCACUGUGAUUGGAGAUCCGAGGGCCAGAAUCCAGUGGGUUAAGGAAGGAGGCAAUCUCCCAGCCAAUCACAACAUACAAGGGGCGGUACUUCGGAUUCCAGAUUUGGAGCUCGGGAAUGAAGGAGUCUACACAUGUCGUGCUGUCAGCCGCUUUGGUCAAGCUCAAGGCAGCGGAAAGCUGGUGGUCCAAGUGAUGCCCAAAGUCAGAAUUAACAUCCGGACCUCCGUGCAGACCGUCCUUGCAGGGAACUCAGUGGAGUUUGAAUGCCUGGCAAUCGGAGACCCCAGCGCCAAGGUGACAUGGAGCAAGGUCGGAAGCCGGAUGCCAACCGAUGUCAUUAUAAGUGGGGGGAUGUUGAAGAUUGAGCAGGUGAAGCAGUCAGACGCUGGGCAGUAUCGCUGUACUGUGACCAACGACGUGGGGGAGGUGCAGUCUCACGUCAUCCUCCAUGUGCAGUCCGUGCCACAAAUCGCUGCUCACCCAGAGAUGAAGGAGAUAACAAGCGGAUCAACAGCUGUGUUCCCGUGUCUGGCGUCUGGAUUUCCCGUACCUGAAAUAACGUGGACAAAGCUGGAAGGAGAUCUCCCCAAUGAUGCUCGAAUCGAGAACAAUGUUCUGACGCUACCGUCCGUGAAGCCAGAGGAUGCCGGCACAUACGUGUGCACCGCGGCCAACCGUCAGGGCAGAGUCACCGCCUUCUCUAUGCUGAAGGUCCGAGAGAGGAUUGUGCCCUAUUUCACUGGGCGCCCCCAGUCCUAUCUCACUCUGCCCAGCAUGAAAGACGCUCACAAGAAGUUUGAGCUAAAGAUCACUUUCCGCCCUGACAUCGCCGAUGCUCUGGUUCUGUACUCCGGCUCCACGUAA